GUUGAAAGCAAAAAUGUCUGCAAAAGAUGAAAGCAAAGUUGGGACGGUGAAAUCUGAAGAGGACAAAGCAACUCAAACCAGUCCACCAAAGUCCACCAAGUUCGCCAACUUCAGUGCUACAGCCAGCCAGUGGGAAAUCUAUGACUUUUACCAAGAGGAAAUUAAGAGGCGGGACAAAUCAAGUCAUCAGUCCAUAAAGGAGGAAGAAUUUGAAGAUUCACAAAUUAAGAUUAAUGAUAUAGCCCAUCUGGCUGGGCUGGCCAGGUACGUGGAGGGUAAGGUGUUUCACAAGGCAUAUGCAGACAUUUUAUAUGAUAUCAAGCAUUUUGAGGAUGCAUCUGAUGAAUUCAGAGGAGAGAAGGGCACUCUGCUCCCUUUGUGGAAAUUCGAGUAUGAUAAAGCAAAAAGUCUGUCUGUGACUGCUCUCUGCUGGGAUCAAAAACACAGUGAUUUGUUUGCUGUUGGUCUUGGGUCACAUGAAUUUACUCAGCAGGGGGGUGGCAUGCUUGUUUUGUACACCCUGAGGAACCCCAAUUACCCAGAAUUCAUCUUUAACACGGUCUCAGGCGUAAUGUGUGUAGAUAUCCAUGAGCAUCUGUCCCACCUGGUGGCUGUAGGUUUGUAUGACGGCUGUGUUGCAGUAUAUAACCUAAGGAAAAAGAGUGAUGAGCCCUUUUGGAACAGCAGAGCCAACCCUGGCAGACAUAAAGGCGCUGUGACACAGGUGAAGUGGCAGAAGGAUGAUUUGGACAGUAAUCACAACUUCAUCUCUGUGUCUGCUGAUGGACGAGUGGUGUCUUGGACUCUGGUAAAGCAUGAACUAGUCUUCACAGACAUGAUCAAGCUCCCAGUCCCAGACACAAUUCCUGAUAACCUUAAGGAUGUCUUUUCCACAGUUGGAACAAAUCUGGACUUCCACAAACAAAAGGACAAUUUUCUUGUUGGCACCGAGUAUGGAAAGAUUCACAAGGGCUCCAAACUCUAUAAUAGGUUCGUGGAGACAUAUGAUGCACACUUCAUGAAUGUCACUCGUGUGAGGUGGAAUCCCUUCCAUGCUGAUGUCUUCAUCUCUUGCAGCUGGGACUGGAUGGUCAAAAUUUGGGAUCAAACUAUGAAGUCUCCCAUGUUCACCUUUGAAUUGGAAAUUGGAGCUGCAGUGACAGAUGUGGCCUGGGCUCCAUAUUCCUCCACUGUCUUUGCUGCUGUCACCACUGAAGGAAAGGUCCAUGUGUUCGACCUCAGCAUCAACAAAUAUGAGGCUCUCUGCCAGCAAAAAGUGGUGUCCAAGAAGACCAAGCUCUUCAACAUUGAAUUCAACCCUGUCCAUCCCAUCAUCAUCGUGGGCGAUGGCCACGGCCAUGUCACCAGCCUCAAGCUCUCUCCCAACCUCCGCAAGAAGCCUAAGGACAAGAAGGGUCAGGAAUUGCCGAUGAGUCCGGAGGUGGAAAAAGCAAAGAUGGAGCAACUGUUGAGCUUACUGAGAUAGCCUGGGAACAAUCAGCAGAACUGAGGCACAGCUAAAUUUAAAUUUAAACAUUUUAACUAUCUAUUGCCUAGAAAUGUGAGAGUAGCCAAAAAUAGUCUUACUGUAGCCUGUAAUGUAUGCCAUAACUUUUUUAUGUUAAAAAAACUCUAGAUUUGUAUGGAUAUUUCACUGUAUUUAUUAAACAUUCAUAAUCAUAAAUCUACUGUUUAUGCCAGAAAACACAAUAAAACAUAAAA